AUGACAGAGGUAGCCAUUUAUAAGCUACAUGUACAACCUCAGAGGUCUGUAACACAUGUUUUGAGAGGCAGCUUCAACAGUAUCCCAGUCCCAGAGAACAUCAACAGUAUCCUAGUCCCAGAGAACAUCAACAGCACCCCAGUCCCAGAGAACAUCAACAGCACCCCAGUCCCAGAGAACAUCAACAGUACCCCAGUCCCAGAGAACAUCAACAGUACCCCAGUCCCAGAGAACAUCAACAGUACCCCAGUCCCAGAGAACAUCAACAGCACCCCAGUCCCAGAGAACAUCAACAGUACCCCAGUCCCAGAGAACAUCAACAGUACCCCAGUCCCAGAGAACAUCUACAGUAUCCCAGUCCCAGAGACCAUCAACAGUACCUCAGUCCCAGAGAACAUCAACAGUAUCCUAGUCCCAGAGAACAUCAACAGCACCCCAGUCCCAGAGAACAUCAACAGUACCCCAGUCCCAGAGAACAUCAACAGUACCCCAGUCCCAGAGAACAUCAACAGCACCCCAGUCCAGAGAACAUCAACAGUAUCCUAGUCCAGAGAACAUCAACAGUUACCCAGUCCCAGAGAACAUCAACAGUAUCCCAGUCCCAGAGAACAUCAACAGUACCCUAGUCCCAGAGACCAUCAACAGUAACCCCAGUCCCAGAGAACAUCAACAAGUAUCCCAGUCCCAGAGAACAUCAACCAGUAUCCCAGUCCCAGAGAACAUUCAACAGUAUCCCUAAGUCCCAGAGAACAUCACACAGCCACCCCAGUCCCACGAGAACAUCAACAGCAUCCCCUAGUCCCAGAGAACAUCAACAGUAUCCCUAGUCCAAGAGAACAUUCAACAGUAUCCCAGUCCCAGGAUAACAUCAACAGUACCCCAGUCCCAGUAACAUCAACAGUACCCCAAGUCCCAGAGAACAUCAAACAGCACCCAGUCCCAGGAGAACAUUCAACAGUACCCCUAGUCCCAGAGAACAUCAACAGCACACCCCAGUCCCCAGAGACCAUUCAACAGUAUCCUAGGUCCCAAGAGAACAUCAAACAGUAUCCUAGUCCCAGACGAAGAGAACAUCAACAGGCACCCCAGUCCCAGAGACCAUUCAACAGUCUCCUAGUCCCAGAGAACAUCAACCGUUAUCCUAGUCCCAGAGAACAUCAACAGUAUCCCAGUCCCAGAGAACAUCAACAGUACCCCAGUCCCAGAGAACAUCAACAGUACCCCAGUCCCAGAGAACAUCAACAGUAUCCUAGUCCCAGAGAACAUCAACAGUACCCCAGUCCCAGAGAACAUCAACAGUACCCCAGUCCCAGAGAACAUCAACAGUAUCCCUAGUCCCAGAGAAACAUCAAACAGUACCCCCAGUCCCAGAGAACAUCAACAGUAUCCUAGUCCCAGAGAACAUCAACAGUAUCCCAGUCCCAGAGAACAUCAACAGUACCCCAGUCCCAGAGAACAUCAACAGCACCCCAGUCCCAGAGAACAUCAACAGCACCCCAGUCCCAGAGAACAUCAACAGCACCCCAGUCCCAGAGAACAUCAACAGCACCCCAGUCCCAGAGAACAUCAACAGCACCCCAGUCCCAGAGAACAUCAACAGCACCCCAGUCCCAGAGAACAUCAACAGCACCCCAGUCCCAGAGAACAUCAACAGCACCCCAGUCCCAGAGAACAUCAACAGUAUCCUAGUCCCAGAGAACAUCAACAUUGAAGGUAUAGCUAGACGGCCAACAUGUGUUCUCUGUCUGUCUGUCUGUCUGUCUGUCUGUCUGUCUGUCUGUAAUAAAGCCUGUUAUUCUUCAACACCACCUCAUCACAAUAUGUCCCAUUGAUUCAGGACCAUUAAUCUUCUCUACAUCUUUAUCUCAUAGCUAGUUCUAGUUCACAGGACCAGACCAUUCAUUUACAUUACAUUAUUCAUACAUUAUAUUUACAUACCAACUGAGCUACAGGGGACUUUCCCAGACCAUUCCCAGUCACUUUGUCAGUCAGUCAGCAGGCUGCAUGUCCCCUUCCUUCAGUCCAAACUGGAAGAAUGAUUUUUAUUUUCCUCUCUCUGCCUCCUACUUGCAGCAGUUUGGAUCAAUGGAAAUUGCUGUAUCACCGCUAAAUAAAGGAAGUGGCUGUAUCACCGCUAAAUAAAGGAAGUGGCUGUAUCACCGCUAAAUAAAGGAAGUAGCUGUAUCACCGCUUAAAUAAAGGAAGUGGCUGUAUCACUGCUAAAUAAAGGAAGUGGCUUGUCAUCACUGCUAAAUGAAGGAAGGAGUGGCUGGUUCACUGCUAAAUAAGGAAGUGGCUGUAUCACCGCUAAAUAAAGGAAGUGGCUGUAUCACUGCCUAAAUAAAGGAAGUGGCCUGGUAUCACUGCUAAAUAAAGGAAGGGCUGUAUCACUGCUAAAUAAAGGAAGUGGCUGUAUCACCGCUAAAUAAAGGAAGUGGCUGUUAUCACCGCUAAAUAAAGGAAGUGGCUGUAUCACUGCUAAAUAAAGGAAGUGGCUGUAUCACCGCUAAAUAAAGGAAGUGGCUGUAUCACCGCUAAAUAAAGGAAGUGGCUGUAUCAACCGCUAAAUAAAGGAAGUGGCUGUAUCACCGCUAAAUAAAGGAAGUGGCUGUAUCACCGCUAAAUAAAGGAAGUGGCUGUAUCACUGCUAAAUAAAGGAAGUGGCUGUAUCACCGCUAAAUAAAGGAAGUGGCUGUAUCACCGCUAAAUAAAGGAAGUGGCUGUAUCACCGCUAAAUAAAGGAAGUGGCUGUAUCACGCUAAAUAAAGGAAGUGGCUGUAUCACCGCUAAUAAAGGAAGUGGCUGUAUCACCGCUAAAUAAAGGAAGUGGCUGUAUCACCGCUAAAUAAAGGAAGUGGCUGUAUCACCGCUAAAUAAAGGAAGUGGCUGUAUCACCGCUAAAUAAAGGAAGUGGCUGUAUCACCGCUAAAUAAAGGAAGUGGCUGUAUCACCGCUAAAUAAAGGAAGUGGCUGUAUCACUGCUAAAUAAAGGAAGUGGCUGUAUCACCGCUAAAUAAAGGAAGUGGCUGUAUCACCGCUAAAUAAAGGAAGUGGCUGUAUCACCGCUAAAUAAAGGAAGUGGCUGUAUCACUGCUAAAUGAAGGAAGUGGCUGUUUCACUGCUAAAUAAAGGAAGUGGCUGUAUCACUGAUAAAUAAAGGAAGUGGCUGUAUCACUGCUAAAUAAAGGAAGUGGCUGUAUCACCCGCUAAAUAAAGGAAGUGGCUGUAUCACUGCUAAAUAAAGGAAGUGGCUGUAUCACCGCUAAAUAAAGGAAGUGGCUGUAUCACUGCUAAAUAAAGGAAGUGGCUGUAUCACUGCUAAAUAAAGGAAGAGGCUGUUUCACUGCUAAAUAAAGGAAGUGGCUGUAUCACUGCUAAAUAAAGGAAUAUUUACAUUUUUCUCUCCUCUCUCUGCCUCUGAAUUGCAGCAGUGAGGAUCAAAGGAAGUGGAUAUAUCACUGCUAAAUGACUUCCCUUUGAAGUCAGGGGGGAUCGGAGAAAAGAGGACGGCUGGGUGUUCUUUUUCUGAUGAUAUGGAACAUGUUUUGUGGGCUGCGUCCCGAAUUUCACCCUAUUUCCUAUAUAGUGUACUUUUUUGACCAAACAAAGGGCCCUGUCAUAGUAGUGGCACUUUACAGGGAUGUGCAUGGGAUACAUGUGCAAUGGAGCAUGCCCGUGGCCAAUCUAACGUUAAGGGGUAUAGCGAGAGCGUUCACACCUGGUCUAGAUGCUGUGUGUUGGUUUCUCUGUUUAAGCGGGGGAAGGGACCGCCGAGGCAGGCGAUCCGCACUGCUCCGCCCUGUAA